AUGGCCGAGGAAUCUCAAGGGAUUAAACUGUUCGGGGCGAUGAUUAGACUGAACAGUGGAGAAGUAAAAAAAGGAGAGAAAGGAAGGGAAUACGAGAGAGGGGAGAAGAGAACAGAAAAGAUAAUACCCUGCCCCAGAUGCAAGAGCAUGGAAACUAAAUUCUGUUACUUUAAUAAUUACAACGUUAAUCAACCAAGGCAUUUUUGUAAGAGCUGCCAGAGAUAUUGGACUGCGGGUGGGGCCCUCCGAAACGUCGCCGUCGGAGCCGGCCGCCGGAAGGGAAAACCGCCGUGUCCUGGUGGCUGUGAGUUCCCGGAUGGGCGUGUCUAUGAAAGUUCGGAAGACGAGAACAAGUUUGAGAUGGAACAGAGGUUGGUUUUGGACGAGGGUCACACCGAUUUCCGGCAAAUUUUUCCGGUGGCCAAGCGGCGGAGAACUCUCUCAGCUGAGCAGGAAGGUCAAUGA